CUUCCAGCCAUGGGCCUUUGGGGAACACUUUGCUUUUUAAUUUUCCUGGGCAGAACUUGGGGACAGGAACAAACCUAUGUCAUUUCAGCACCCAAAAUCUUUCGGGUGGCAGCAUCUGAAAAUGUUGUAAUUCAAGCCCAUGGCUAUACUGAAGCAUUUGAUGUGACAAUCUCUAUAAGAAGCUAUCCUGAUAAAAAAAUUACCUACUCUUCAGGCUAUGUUAAUUUAUCUCCAGAAAAUAAGUUCCAAAACUCGGCAAUGUUAACAAUACAGCCCAGCCAACUGCCUGGAGAACAAGACCCAAUCUCACAUGUGUAUCUAGAAGUCGUGUCAAAGCAUUUUUCAAAAUCGAAAAAAAUGCCAAUAACCUAUGACAAUGGAUUUCUCUUCAUCCACACAGACAAACCUGUUUACACUCCAGACCAGUCAGUGAAAAUCAGAGUCUAUUCGCUGAAUGACGACUUGAAGCCAGCCAAAAGGGAGACUAUCUUAACUUUCAUAGACCCCGAAGGAUCAGAAGUUGACAUUAUAGAAGAAAAUGAUUAUACCGGAAUUAUCUCUUUUCCUGACUUCAAGAUUCCAUCUAAUCCUAAAUAUGGUGUAUGGACAAUUAAAGCUAAAUAUAAGAAGGACUUUUCAACGACUGGAACCGCAUACUUUGAAAUUAAAGAAUAUGUCUUGCCACGUUUCUCUGUUUCAAUAGAGCCAGAAGGUAACUUCAUUGGCUAUAAGAACUUUAAGAGGUUUGAAAUCACUGUAAAAGCCAGAUAUUUUUAUAAUAAAGUGGUCCCUGAAGCUGAAGUGUACGUCUUCUUUGGGUUGAGAGAAGACAUCAAAGAGGACCAGAAGGAGAUGAUGCGGAGAGCAAUGCAAGUCACCACGCUGGUCAAUGGAGUUGCUCACGUCACAUUUGAUUCUGAGACAGCAGCUAAAGAACUGUCAUACGAAAGUCUAGAAGAGCUAAAUGACAAGUACCUUUAUGUUGCUGUAACGGUCACAGAAACUUCCGGUGGAUUUUCAGAAGAGGCAGAAGUCCCUGGCAUCAAAUAUGUCCUCUUUCCCUACAUGCUGAAUUUGGUUGCCACUCCUCUUUUCUUGAAGCCUGGGAUUCCAUUUUCCAUCAAGGUCCAGGUUAAGGAUUCACUUGAGCAGUUGGUAGGAGAGAUCCCAGUAAUUCUGACGGCACAGACAGUCGAUGUGAAUCAAGAAACAUCAGACCUGGAACCCAAGAGAAGCAUCACUCGUACCACUGAUGGAGUAGCUUCGUUUGUGGUGAAUCUGCCAUCUGAAGUGACCGCACUCAAGUUUUCCGUCAAAACUGAUGCCCCGGAACUUCCAGAAGAGUAUCAAGCCAGCAAAGAGUAUCAAGCAAUCGCAUACUCAUCUCUCAGCCAAAGUUACAUUUAUAUUGCUUGGACAGAAAACUACAAGCCCAUGCUUGUGGGAGAAUUUCUGAAUAUUAUUGUUACCCCCAAGAGUCCAUAUAUUGACAAAAUAACUCACUAUAAUUACUUGAUUUUAUCCAAGGGCAAAAUUGUACAGUAUGGCACAAAAGAGAAGCUUCUCCAUUCAUCUUAUCAAAACAUAAACAUCCCAGUAACACAGAACAUGGUCCCUUCAGCCCGACUCCUGGUCUAUUACAUUGUCACAGGAGAGCAGACGGCAGAACUGGUGGCUGACUCGGUCUGGAUAAACAUUGAAGAGAAGUGUGGUAAUCAGCUCCAGGUUCAUCUGUCUCCAGAUGCAGACAUCUAUUCUCCAGGCCAAACUGUGUCCCUGGAUAUGGUGACCAAAGCAGACUCAUGGGUCGCACUAGCAGCAGUGGACAGUGCUGUGUAUGGAGUCCAGCAAAGAGCCAAAAGGCCCAUGCAAAGAGUGUUUCAAGCUUUUGAUAAGAGUGAUCUGGGCUGUGGUGCAGGAGGCGGCCGGAACAAUGCAGAUGUAUUCAAUCUAGCCGGACUCACGUUCCUCACCAACGCAAACGCAGAUGACUCCCAACACCAUGAUGAAUCAUGUGAAGAAAUUCUCAGGCCUAAAAGAGACCUGGAGCUCCUACAGCAGACAAUACAAGAACAAGCUGCUAAAUACAAGCACCGAGUGCCAAGGAAAUGUUGUCUUGAUGGAGCCCGGCGUAACGACCGUGAAACCUGUGCACAGCGAGUUGCCCGGGUCACUGUAGGCCCAAACUGUGUCAGGGCCUUCAACGAGUGUUGUACCAUCGCAAACAAGAUCCGACAAGAAGGCUUCCAUAAACCUAUGCCGUUGGGGAGGAUGCACAUAAAGACCCUGUUACCAGUAAUGAAAGCAGAUAUUCGAAGCUACUUUCCAGAGAGCUGGCUGUGGGAAGUUCAUCAUGUUCCCAAAAGAAGCCAGAUGCAGGUUGUGCUGCCUGACUCACUUACUACCUGGGAGGUCCAAGGCAUUGGCAUUUCAGACAGCGGUAUAUGUGUUGCUGAUAUACUCAAGGCAAAAGUGUUCAAAGAUAUCUUUCUGGAAAUGAACAUACCAUAUUCUGUUGUUCGAGGGGAACAGAUCCAAUUGAAAGGAACCGUGUACAAUUACAGGACUUCAGGGACAAUGUUCUGUGUUAAAAUGUCUACUGUGGAGGGAAUCUGUAUGUCAGGGGGCUCAGCUGUUAGCCAUCAGGCCUCCAGAUGUGUGCGCCAGAGGAUCGAGGGCUCCUCCAGUCACUUGGUGACCUUCAGCCUGCUUCCUCUGGAAAUUGGACUCCACCCUAUCAACUUCUCACUCGAGACUUCAUUUGGAAGAGAAAUCUUAGUGAAAACAUUACGGGUAGUGCCAGAAGGGGUCAAAAGAGAAAAUUAUGCUGGUGUUACGCUGGACCCUAAAGGAAUUUAUGGUAUUGUUAGCAGACGAAAGGAAUUCCCAUACAGGAUACCACUAGAUUUGGUCCCGAAAACCAGCGUUAAAAGGAUUUUGAGUGUAAAAGGACUGCUUGUAGGGGAAUUCCUGUCCACAGUUCUGAGUAAGGAAGGCAUCGACAUCCUGACCCACCUCCCGAAGGGCAAUGCCGAGGCAGAGCUCAUGAGCAUUGUACCAGUGUUCUACGUUUUCCAUUACCUGGAAGCAGGAAACCACUGGAACAUUUUUUAUCCCAAUUCAUUAACUGAAAAACAGAACCUGCAGAAAAAAAUAAAAGAAGGGAUGGUGAGCAUCAUGUCCUACAGAAACAGUGACUAUUCCUAUAGCAUGUGGAAGGGGGGAAGUGCCAGUACCUGGUUAACAGCUUUUGCGUUGAGAGUGCUUGGACAAGUGGAUAAGUAUGUGAAGCAGAACCAGAACUCCAUUUGUAAUUCUCUGUUGUGGCUGAUUGAGAACUGUCAGCUGGAAAAUGGAUCUUUCAAGGAAAAUUCCCAAUAUCUACCAAUAAAAUUACAGGGUACUUUACCUGUUGAAGCCCAAGAGAACACUUUGUAUCUUACAGCCUUUUCUGUGAUUGGAAUUAGAAAGGCUAUGGACAUAUGCCCCCUGAUGAAAGUCGACACAGCACUAACUAAAGCUGACUCCUUCCUGCUCGAAAACGCACUGCCAUCCAAGAGUACCUUCACACUGGCCAUCGUGGCCUACGCUCUUUCCCUAGGAGACAGAACCCACCCGCAAUUUCGUUCAAUUGUCUUAGCCCUGAAAAAGGAAGCUAUGGUUAAAGGUGAUCCACCCAUUUACCGUUUCUGGAAAGACACUCACCAACAGACACACAGCUCUGCACCUAACAGCGUCACGGCAGGUAUGGUAGAGACCACAGCCUAUGCUUUGCUCACCAGCCUGAACCUGAAGGAGACAAAUUACAUCAACCCAAUCAUCAAGUGGUUGUCUGAAGAGCAGAGGUAUGGAGGCGGCUUUUAUUCCACCCAGGAUACAAUUAAUGCCAUUGAGGGCCUGACAGAAUAUUCACUUCUGUCUAAACAACUGCAUUUGAAUAUGGAUAUCAAUGUCUCCUACAAACACAAAGGUGAUUUCUACCAGUAUAAGGUGACGGAGAAGAAUUUCCUUGGGAGACCAGUGGAGGUACCUCUUAAUGAUGACCUCAUCAUCACCACAGGAUAUAGCAGUGGCUUGGCUACAGUAUAUGUCAAAACUGUGGUUCACAAAACUAGUGUCUCUGAGGAAUUUUGCAGCUUUUACUUGAAAAUUGAUACCCAAGACAUUGACGCCUCCAGCUACUCCAGCUACAGUGACUCCGAACACAAGAACAUAGUAGCAUGUGCCAGCUACAAGCCCAGCAAGGAAGAGUCAGCAUCCGGAUCCUCCCACGCAGUGAUGGAUAUCUCUCUGCCAACAGGAAUUGGAGCUAACCAAGAAGAUUUACGUGCUCUUGUGGAAGGAGUGGAUCAACUCCUAACUGAUUACCAGAUCAAAGACGGCCAUGUUAUUCUGCAACUGAAUUCGAUUCCCUCCAGAGAUUUCCUUUGUGUCCAAUUCCGGAUAUUUGAGCUUUUCCAAGUUGGGUUUCUGAAUCCUGCUACCUUCACAGUGUAUGAAUAUCAUAGACCAGACAAGCAGUGCACCAUGUUUUACAGCACUUCUGACACCAGACUUCAGAGAGUUUGUGAAGGAGCAGCAUGCCAGUGUGUGGAAGCUGACUGUGGGCAACUGAAGGCAGAAGUGGACCUGUCCAUCUCCGCAGACACCAGGAGAGAAACGGCAUGUAAACCGGAGAUUGCAUAUGCUUAUAAGGUUAGGAUCAUUUCCACCACUGAAGAAAACGUUUUUGUCAAGUACACUGCGACUCUUCUGGACAUCUACAGAACAGGGGAAGCCACUGCUGAGAAGGGCUCUGAAAUCACCUUCAUUAGGAAGAUGAGCUGCGCCAAUGCUGGUCUGGUGAAAGGGAAGCAGUAUCUGAUCAUGGGCAAAGAGGCUCUGCAGAUCAAACUCAAUUUCAGUCUCAAGUACAUCUACCCUCUAGAUUCCUCCACCUGGAUUGAAUAUUGGCCCACAGACACAACAUGUCCAUCAUGUCAAGCAUUUUUAGCUAAUUUGGAUGAGUUUGCAGAAGACAUCUUUUUAAACGGCUGUGAAAAUGCCUGAAGGGAUUAGGCCGUGUGGCUCUCCCCAUAGACUCCUGCUGGUGGCAUUCUCUCUCCUGGAAGGCAAUCUUUCUUGAAAACUUAUCCUAAAAUUCACUGCCCUUUCUUUUUAGUAAGGCACGAGUUGAAGUUACGACUUUGUGAAAUAGCAAAACCUUGUGGGAACAUGAAUAAAGGUUCCCAAGGUCACUGGACAUCAGCACCAAUAAACUGAACAACACUGAACACUUAGCAGUUGGGAGUGAGUGUUGGGGCCAGAAAAGGAGCCCCCUGAAAUGCAGCACCCUAUAAAAACAGAGCCUUUACUUGAAAGAAAAAUACUAAGGGCAGAAACUGGCCAUUAAAGCUUGACUUUGCCAUUAAAGCUUGA